AUGCAUACGGACCGCAAGAAAGUCCAAUACGCCCCCGCACAACUCGCGGAACAUGCUCUCACGUGGUGGGAUCGGGAAGUAAACGAGAGAAAGAGAACUCGUUGUGAGCCGGUGGAGACAUGGUGUGAGAUGAAAAUCCUCAUGCGUAAACUAUACGUUCCCCCUCACUUCCACCGUGAUCUCCAAAGGAGAUAUCGUAGAAUCGCUCAAGGUGCUAGGACGGUUGAAGAAUAUUAUGAGGAAUUUGAGCACCUUAGGAGCCGAUUAGAACUCGAUGAGGAAGAGGAGACGGUUAUGGCUCAGUUCUUGGACGGACUGCAGGAACGGAUUGCUCGUAAGGUUGAGCGUCAUCCAUACCAUGACCUUCACGAGUUGCUUCACUUGGCUGUACAAGUCGAGAAGCAAGACCAAUGGAAACAAAACCGACUAGGUAAAAUUAGAGCUUCACCUAGUAUCCAAUCUCCAAACCCGAAACCUACAGCCACACUCAAAAAGGAAUUCGCCGAGAACAAAGGCAUUCCUGAGUUUCGGGACAAAGGAAAGGCCCCCGAAACGUCGCGAACUAAGACCCUCAAUGAACAUCCUCAUGACACUCAUGCUAGAGAGAUCAUGUGUUACAAGUAUCGAGGGAGAGGUCACAUGGCUCGUGAAUGUCCGAACCAAAGAGUUAUGAUCACUACGGACAAAGGAGAAUACGAGUCUAUGGACGAAGAGGAAGUUGGUGAUCUCGAAGAAGAAAUCGAGUAUCCGGAUAGUGGCGAACUUCUAGUCACUAGACGAGUGCUUAGCGCUUUAGUAAACCCGGAUGAGACGGCACAGAGAGAGACUAUAUUCCAUACGCGAUGUACCGUACAAGGAAAAGUAUGCGGUAUGAUCAUUGAUAGUGGGUCAUGCACUAAUGUUGCGAGUGAUUACAUGGUGAAGAAGCUUGGCUUAACCACCGAGAAACACCCACACCCUUACAAGCUUCAAUGGCUUAACAACCAAGGGGAGAUCAAGGUGAGCGAGAGAGUUAAGAUCCCCUUUAGUAUCGGGCGUUACCAUGACGAGGUCAUGUGUGACGUCGUUCCCAUACAAGCGGGACAUAGACUACUGGGUCGGCCUUGGCAGUUCGAUAGAGAAGUAACCCACGAUGGUAGGGCCAACCAAUACUCGCUCGUGCACAACAAAAAGAAAGUUGUGUUGGCUCCCCUCAGUCCAUCUCAAGUACACGAGAUGCAGCUUCGACUAGCAAAGGAAACCGAGCCGAAGAAAGGGAACUUUUACCUUAAGGCUAGUCAGGUCGACAAGGCUAUUAGACAAGAGCAAACGGUGCUUCUUUUGGUCUUUAAGGACCUCAUGAGCUUGCGGACCGAAGCACCAAACGAUAGCCCAGCUGUUAGUCGACUUCUUGAGCGAUUUAGAGAUGUAUUUCCGAAAGAAAUACCCGCCGGUCUUCCUCCUAUUCGAGGAAUUGAGCACCAAAUUGACCUUAUUCCCGGCGUCCCCUUGCCCAACCGGCCUGCUUAUCGUAUGAACUCCGAGGAAACCAAAGAGCUCGAAAAACAAAUACAAGAGCUUCUAAAUAGGGGUACAUUCGCGAAAGCCUCAGUCCAUGUGUUGUUCCGGUACUUCUAG